AUGGGCGAAAACCAGCCAAACACCGCCAACACGGCAUCGCAGCCGGCGCCUACGAUGCAGAUGUACAGAGAGGAACAGGCCCGUCUGAGGCAAAUGCUGGACAAGAGAGCUGUUAUCGCCCGGAAACUUGCCAACAUCGAAGCCGACAUCGAACAGAAGGAAACGGCGUACCUCGAGAGCACUCCGAACGGCAACAUCAUCGCGGGAUUCGAUAACUACAUCAAGGGCACGGGCGCGGCCGCCCAGCGUCGCAAGGCUGGCGCCACGGAACAGAAUCGCGUCUUCUCGCGGUCGUCCGUCUCGUAUCGGCCCGGCAGUGAAGCCACGACUCCCGGCUCGACUCCCGCAUCGCAUGCACCCACUCCCUUGUCUACGUCCUUCAAGGACGGCUCCGGCUCCAACCAUGCCACGCCAACGUCGGCGACAGCUUCGAAGUCAGGAAAGAAGAACAAGAAGCAGAACGAAGAAGAUAGCGAUCACGACUCCCAGGCCCCGAAUAAGAAGCGCAUCAACUUUGGGGCUGGGCGCAAGUGA